CACAAAACAUCCAACCAACCUCGCUUAUCAAGAGAGACACAGACAACACUGCUUAUCGCUCCUCGUGCACCAACCAACGCACACACCACCCCACACAGAGCGCCAUGUCCAUGUCGAGAGUGCAGCACGUGCUUCGCCGAAUGGCUUCGUCGUCCACGGCAGCAGCAACCGCAGCAACAACCACAACAACCACAACCGCAACGACAGCAUCGGCGGCGGCAGCGACUGGCGCGCACAAGCUGCACGCGGUGCGCUUGGUGCGCAGCCCAAUCGGUCACCCACAGGCCUUGCGCGACACGCUGAGCUUACUGGAGCUGAAGCGUGUGAACAGCGUCGUCAUUCACAAGAACACGCCCGUGGUCAACGGCAUGUUGAACAAGGUCAUCCACCUCGUCGACGUGCAGCCGGUACAGUACCGACCGGACGUCAAGACGGCGGACGGAAAGCCCUUUGUCACCCCAGAUGGCGUCGUCCUUGGCGCUUCAGAGGAAGACUUCCUCAAGUCCCUCAAGUAAUGGCAACCAAGAAGUUAUCCGGGAGGCAACUGUAUACAUGACAAGCAGGACAGAAGAGAGAGAGAGAGAGUGAGUGUGUGUGUGUG